CAUGAAAAUAGUCUCAAACAAAGAAAACCAAACAAGAAACCCACUAUCUACUGUCCAAUACCAGUAGUGUCAUCAGUCAUCUCUCCUUUUUUUACUCUACAGUCUACACAGUCUCUGGCUGCCUCUUCCAAUGCUGCAUUUACUCCCCCAUUUAAUGUUCUUCCUCUUUUUCUUACACCCCUUUUAGACUUAAGCUUUUGGGUUUUUCUUCUUUUUCAAAUUUAGUUUUCUUUUAACGGUUAAAAAUGGAGUCCGAAGAUUACAGGAGAAAAGAGAGGACAGCUUUGCUUGUUUCUUUGAUAAUGGCUUCUCUUUCCAUGGUUUCCUUGCUCGUUGCUUUCAGCUACUAUUGUUAUAUUCGUAGCAGAGUCUCCAAGCGUAACAAGCACCAGCAAAUGGGGCAUUUCCAUAUGUCUUUCAAUUGUGUAUUUGAAGGACUCGACAAUGAUGAAAAAAGUGGAAUAUCAAAUCCAACUCUACAAGUAGCUUGUGAUAAAGGGUUGCAAGUUUUUACAUUUAAGCAGCUUAAUUCAGCAACUAGUGGCUUUAGCAAGUCAAAUAUCAUUGGCCAAGGUGCAUUUGGUUCGGUGUACCGUGGAGUCCUUAAUGAUGGGAGAAAAGUUGCUAUUAAAUUGAUGGAUCAUGGAGGAAAGCACGGAGAAGAGGAAUUUAAAAUGGAGGUGGAAUUACUGAGCCGUCUUCGCUCUCCAUAUUUGCUCGGUUUGGUCGGUCACUGUUCAGACAGUAAUCAUAGGUUGCUGGUGUACGAGUUCAUGGCAAACGGUGGAUUGCAAGAGCAUCUGUAUCCUGCUAGAGCUUCAAAUUCUUUUCUUUCGAAGUUGGACUGGGAAACCCGGCUAAAAAUUGCAUUGGAUGCUGCAAAAGGAUUGGAAUAUCUCCAUGAGCAUGUGAACCCACCAGUGAUUCACAGAGACUUUAAGAGCAGCAAUAUUCUUUUGGACAAGAACUUUCAUGCCAAAGUUUCUGAUUUCGGAUUAGCUAAGCUUGGACCUGAAAAAGCUGGCGGACAUGUCUCUACUAGAGUCUUGGGAACCCAGGGUUAUGUCGCCCCCGAGUACGCAUUAACCGGACAUUUGACAACAAAAUCAGAUGUUUAUAGCUAUGGAGUCGUACUCCUAGAGCUGCUUACAGGCCGGGUACCAGUCGACAUGAAGAGACCUCAAGGUGAAGGUGUUCUUGUAUCGUGGGCUUUGCCGAAGCUUACUGAUAGAGAAAGAGUCGUACAAAUCAUGGAUCCAGCAAUGGAAGGGCAGUACUCAAUGAAGGAGGCUAUCCAAGUCGCAGCAAUUGCAGCAAUGUGCGUGCAGCCUGAGGCUGAUUACCGACCACUAAUGGCAGAUGUAGUACAAUCUCUUGUACCUUUGGUGAAGCUUCAUAAAUCAUCGUCUAAGGUUGGCGGUUGUUCUAGCUUUCAUGCACCCAAGUCUCCAGUAGCCGUAGAUGGGAAGAACAAGAGUAACGACACUGUAUUGACUGAGUCUUAGUCAUUGUAUGCAUCGCGAAUGCUUCAUUCACUAAGAUUUUGGGGUGGGACUAAAAAAAUUUGUAUGUAUAAUAUGUGUUGUUAGUACUACUUUAAAGUAGAGGGGAUGCCAGGAAAUUAAUGAACUGAAAUUUGAUCACUUUUUUGACAUUAUUAGAUGAUCAUAUUGAUUCCUGUUUGAAUUUCUUGGUGCACUUAAAGAAUGAGCUUUUGAUUUACCAUAUCUCUUUGUUCUAUCUUCUAUGAUUCUUUUGGUUGAUGGGUAUGUUGCAUGAACUUCUAUUAGGUCGUAUAACAUUUAAUAUAAAUCAGUUACUUUGUUUUUUUUAAUUAGAAUAAUUUUUCAAUUACAGCGUUAAAAUUUAUCACUUUUACGACGAGACGAAUAACAUGAUCUCACAUUACUUUUUUUUUUUUUGUUAUGAUACCCGAAAUAUGAAAUUACCCGUAAAAUGAUGAUUAUAAAAGUAUGUAAGUUUUUUUCUCCAUAAAUUAGUUUAUCAUGGCAAAACUUACAAGGUGUUCACGGUGCAAGCACAAGACAAGGUACGAAAUCACAAUUCACAAACAACACAGCAAAAUGCAUCAAUGGGUCGUUAAUUUAUUAUUACAUCCUGGUUGAAUAAGCGCUUAUGUUGCUCGAACGAACGAGCAAGUCCACUGGAGAUUAUUUUAAGUUUUUUUUUUCACGUGAUGAUUUGGUCCCUUUUAAUUCCAUGCUUCUUUCUACUAUCAGGAUCUGUUCUUGGUCCAUUUUGGAUAGUGGAUCGCCUAGGGUCUUAAAAAUAAAAAGUCUUAAAUAUUAAAUAGAGCUAUUCAAGUCUGAUUUUGAGCAACAUUUUUAAAGUGAUUUGUUAGUAUAUUUUUUUAUAUUUGAAGUUAUUUUUAGAAUAUAAUAUUAUAAUACAUUUUGUUAUGAAUUAUUUUUCUUAAAAUUAAUUUUUUUUAUCUUUAGAUAUAAUAAAGGACCUCAUUUUAAAAGACAUCGUAAAAAUAAAUCAAGUCUCUAAAAUCUUUGCUCCACCCUGCAUACUAUUGUCGUACCAAACCUUGCUCACGCGUUCAUACCAACUCAUACAUGCUUGAACAUAAUAUGUGUGUAUAUCUUAGAGGUGUUCAAAAUACGAUCCGAUAGUUACCUGACCUUAUAAUCGAAUUUGAUUUGAUCCGAUUUCAAAAUGAAUGUAAAUAUGUAAAAACCAAUAUAGACAGAAAAUUUGAUUUUAAACCGACCCAAAAUACCUUAUCUGAAUUCAACCCGAUUAUAACCAAACAUGCCAAAGUCAUGGUGAGGUCUAGCUUCCUUCUUUGACCAAUCCAAGUACAAGGUUGAAGUGGUGAGGACCACACUUUAGGAUCAUUUUCAUCCAUCUAUACAUGCAUUUGCAUAGUUGCAUGACUCAGUUAGUACGUUCCAAAUGAUGCUUUUGGAUGAACCUGGAUGAACCAAGUCGCCCUUAAUCACAACAGGCAAUAAUAAGUUUAAUUAGUCAUACUUUUUUGUUUUAUUUUUUCAAUAUAUAAUUUAAAUAUUAUAACUUAAAUAUUUAAGAGUUUUUUGAAUUAUAUGGUGAAAAUUUAAAAAUAGAAUCUCUUUAUUGAAUAAAUUAAAUUAAUGACGUGCUCCAUCAUAAGCAAAACAAUAUUAUGAAAGAUACUUUUCAACCUAAAUAAACUAUACAUGGGUCCUUUCUUUUCAUUAUAUGACGAGGGAAUUUUUAAUAGAAAAAUGAGUUACUUUUACAAUAGAAAGAAACUAUUUUAUGAAUGAAUUACUUGAUAAGUACAAAAUUAGGUAAAUAUUAAUAAGAAAAAGGCAUUAAAAUAAUUAAAAUUAG